AAGGGGUGUUGUGUUUCUGCGCAAAGAUGUCCGUGUUGUGUUCCGGGGCUGCUUAAUCGCCGCCACGCGCAUGGCUCGAUUGGCUGAGCCAUCGGUGAAGGCCUCUUGGCCUGGGAGCUCCCAACCUGCUUCUUCUUGGAGGGGUGCCCAAAAUCUGCUGCAGUACUUCACCAAUCGCCAGCUGUGGGGCGACCAGCGGCAGCUGCCCCCUCUGGCAUCCCGGUGUUUCCCCUUGGCUUAUCUGGUCUCUCAAGAUGUGCUGCGCAGUGGGACUGUGUUCCUGGGUUUCUUGUCUGGAGCGCAGUGGCUACUGUCUUAUGUGGCUGAGCCGGAUCGAUUGCGUGAACUCCCUCCCCUUUGCUUCUACCGGCUGCAGUGGUGGUUCUUUGUGCCAGGUCAACCCUUGCGCCUGGUGCGUGAGACGCUGCUGUUUGGUGGCCACAGCCUGGAAGCCCAGCUGAUGCUCAGUGUGACCCAGUGGCCAUGCGACCCCACUUGCAUCCUCGUAGCUGGAUGCUCCAAGCUGGACGAGGAGUUGUGGCACGUGACCCUAGUGAGCAUGCCCGGGAGCGGUGACGUGCUGCAUGCCUGUUACCAGUGUUCGUCGGGGGGCCAACCAAGGCUGCUGAGCAGGGGCCACCUCUUGCUCCCCAUGGGCCAGGAGCUGGUGCUGCUCGAAACACGCCAGCCAGUGAAUCUGUUUCAGAAUCGGGGCUGGGCAACAAGCAGCUGCUGUCCAAGUGCCGGCUGGUCCUCCACUGGGCUGCAGCGACAGGGCUCGGCUCUGCUCUUCCUGAGCGUGGUGCCGCCUCCACAGCAUGCCACUGUGUUGGACCUGGAGCUGGUGGCCGACACCCUGGCCCAGCAGAUGUGUGCCGAGCAUAGCCUCGCUUACGAGGGGCUGCUGGACUACGAUGCUUGCGCAGCAGCAGGAGCGUCACAAGGGACGCAGGCCACCCUUCUCCUGGCCUUUCUUAUGGAAGCCUCACGUCUUCCGGUGCUCACUGGUCUCCCGGGUGGGAAGGGUAGCUACUACACAUCGACCGUGCUCCUCCACUGGGACCUGGAAACUGGCCUCCACCGUGUGGCAGCCAUGGGCAGCCUCAGCGAACCGGGGACAACCCCUGACUCUACUGCGGGCUGGGCCUUGGCGCAUUGCCCUCACCUAGGCAGAAAAGACCUGAUGGUUCGAACGAGUGCAUUCCAUGGAGCAGUGUGCCAAUGGUGCCCAAGAGACUGUGGUGAUGGUUGUGUCCAUUAUCAAGGACAGCAGUGCAACACAAGUGCAAAGUUGUAAAUACAGUUGUUGCAUUACUUCACCUCAUCCGAGUGCCUUUGGUGAGCAUUCUUUUGUUUGCGGCACCGUUUAUGCACCUGAUGACACCAAGAUAGACAUCUCUAAUGUGUAAACCACACUCCUAGAAAAUAUGAUUAGCUUUAUAAUUUUGUUUGUUUCAUUCAAACAAUUUUAUGUCAUGCUUUUAAUUUUCAAAGAAGCGAAACAGAUUAAGCAUUUCGCUAGACACAACCUCAGGAAGGCAAUGAAACAAGGCCCGUUUCCUUUUUGGACACAAAGAAAGCCAAGGGAUGUGAAGAAAGUAAAGUGAACGAAUUGCCGCUGGCAGGGACAGAACCUGCAACCUUCGGAUAACGCACCCGAUGCUUUGCCAAUGGAGCCGUUCACGUUAUCGGGUAUUUAUGUGCACGUAAACCCGGGAGUGUCUUUGCCAAUAAGCCCUCGCCGGAAUGAGACCAUUGCUAUGCAUGAAUGAAAGAAGGAAGGGUAUUUAACGUCCCCUUGGCUUCACUCAUGAAGGCAAGGAAGGCAUAGCAGACCUUAUAUGGAGUUUUUAAAUGUAAUGUCAUAUUUAUGACGUAAAUGGAACAGAAUUAAAGCUGAUGAAAAAAACUUACCAUCAGUAGGGACCGAACCUGCAACCUUCCAAUUACACGCCUCUUUUAGUCACUAUUAGCACAAAACACAAGAAAAGAAUAAUUUGUGAUGAUCUUGAAGAAACCAGUGUUCACUAGCUAAAUUAAGUGCUUUGCAUUUAUCCGUUCAACUGGUUUAAGUGGAUUAAUGUCCAGCACCCGUUAAUAACCAUUUUGACAUCAGAAAGCAAGCUGUACAAUCUCCUGGAAAUAAACUAUUUCACCCGCCACGGUGGUCUAGUGGUUAUGGUGCUCGACUGCUGCCCCGAAGGCCACAUUUUCGAUGAAGGCAAAAAUGCUUGAGGCCCGUGUACUUAGAUUUAGGUGCACGUUAAAGAACCCCA